AUGUCGACGUCACUCGACCUGCCCCCGUGGUUAAAGGCCAAGGGUAUUAAGUCUCUCGAUCAGCUACGCAACAUCAGCCAAAUAGUGAUUGCGAAGGACAAUAAAGAUUGGGACGACAAAGUGCAAAAGGAGCUCGCACAAAAUGAUAGAGGUCAACAACCCCGUCGUCCACGUAAAGUAGCUAGAAGAGCCAAGAACUACGUAGUGGACGACCCCCCAACUCAAAGACGAAAGAUCAUUCUUAAGCGGUCACAAGCUCGAAAUGACAACACCAUAACACCGGCGCCAGAAUCAGAAAACAUGCCAAGCCCCAGACACAGUUCUGAAGAUCUUACCCAAGAUGAGGACGAAGAUUUUGAGAUACCAGAAGAGAAUGAAGAUAACCGCGCUUUUGUUGAAGAUGACGACGAGUUUGUAUCAGACGACGAAUACAAAGAGGAUGAGGAAGACGAGGACGGCGAAGAUGAGGCUAGUGACACGAGAAUGUCGGAUGGCGAUAGCAACGACAGUUCUGAAGACUCUGAGAGAGAAGAGGAUCCUAUGGAUUUGGAUAUCACUAUUGAUGACCAAUACUGA